AUGAAGCUGACGGGAAUGAUCAUGGCGGCGCUUCUCUCGACACUUGCAUGGACGCUCGAAGCUCGCCUGCGCACCACGGCGACGACGAGCCCGACGCACCUCCCCGUGGUGGCACUGACGACCGCCCCGACGGAAGCACCGACGCCUGCUCCCACCGAUGCACCGACGCCCGCCCCAACCAAAGCGCCGACCCCCGCACCCACCGACGCGCCAACGGUAUGCGACGCCAUCGCGUCAGGCGCCAAGUUUACGCUGCUGUCGCGCUCGCACGGCUACUUUGGUUUUUCCGAGACGUACCUCACGACAACAUGGACAGCGGCGGUGCUCACCGCGUCGGCGCACCUCGACGGGUCCUUUGGCCUAAAGCUGGAUGCCACACGCUACGUUCGCCCCAACACGGACAGCACAAACUUCUUUUAUCGGACGCUCCAGUCGACGACCGACGCGUCGGACCCCGCGGCCGUCUUUACGUGCGUUGCGCUUGCCCCAGAGAUUGUGACCCUCCUCGACUUUGAGGGAUUCGCGCCGCAGCCAACGCCGUACUUGGGGUCGACCGACAACGCGAUCCCGUACAUUGUGAGCUCAGCCUACGACACCGUCAACGGACCGACGCCCGACCAAGCGUGGCUCGUUGCUUUUGUCUAA